AUGACAGUUGAUAUUCCCAAUCUGUCGACUUUCAGUAAUCCGCUGCUUUGUUCCAACAGCAAGGAGAUACCAUGUCAGGCACAUGCUGGGCGCGGAUGUAAUAGCUGCCACUUGGUUCAAUACUGCUCAAAGGAAUGCCAGACUGCAGAUUGGUCUCGACACAAGCAAGCAUGUAAAUCCCCAUUCAUGAAAAACACUUGGGAACCCGAGUGGUAUCGUACUGGUCGCCAGCCCGAUUUUAUCGGCGAGGGUCCCUCACACACCACGUUCGGCAAUAGAAAGUAUCUCUGGGGCAACAUGCCUGCUCUCGAUAUCUUGAAGCCUCAGGAUAAUGAAGGUAUGACCAGUGCAACGAGCCACGACUUCAACCUCCUCUUUGCCGCAUCGGGUGAUCUUCGGAACGUCAUCAAGACUAUUGCCGGGCUGCCAGAGGGAUAUGGAGGUAAAUGCGUUGCUGUUUUAAACGAUAUGGAUUUCGUCGUCGUGGCUCGCAAUGCCAUCAUGCUCCUCGCUGCACUUCAGUUCGAACCAGACGUCGCAGCACCGAUAAUUAUCCAUUUAUGGUACUCAGCACUACUUCCCCAUGAUAUGGUACAUGCUAUCCAGUCCACCAUCCUUCCUAUGAUCGAAGAUGUUUGCCAGAAGAUCAAGAACAAGCCCGGCAAUGCACUACAAGCAAAGACAUUUGAGGUAAAUGGCCGAAAACUAAGCAUAGCACUGAAGAAAGACGAGUGGGCUCGCUUGGCGACGUUUUGCCAGGUUCGCGAAGGAUUGUCAGCAGAAGCUGCUCAACGGAUUCGCCGCCGCAUUACGCUGGCUCCCGAGAGAGUCGACUAUCGUGAUCGAGCUAUGCUGAAACUGCCUGCUGGUGUUCGCCAGGGAGAAAUGUACUUUCGCCAUACUGGCAUCUUGCUGCCUUAUGGUUGUUCCACUGCGGACUUUGACACACCCAACCCCACGCUGUUCUUUCAAAAUGACUGGCUAAUGAACGAUGACGCUACUCCCCGCGGUGGCUGGCGUUUUGACGAGUAUAUGGAGGACGCUCCAGCUGCGAAAGUGGACGAGUUCGGUGCCAUUUUCUUUUACCUCAAAGGACUCCUUAUCAGGUUCUGCGAUAGGCUACGGAGCUCCAACGUUUCAUUCCGCCUGUUCAACAUGGAUGCUCGAGAUAUAGGACCCUAUAUCGACAUGAGGUUUGAUCGUAUAGAGAUCUCCAACAUAUGCGAUCGAGGUUACGUCGGCCCGCACACCUGUCUACAACUCUUCUCACAACUCCUCAAGCCAACAUCACAAAACCCAAACGCCACACUACUUCUUCUCUUCAUAAAUGCCGCCGUGGAAGUAGAUCGCGACGCACACCCGCAAGGAGAUCUCGAGUCACUCGUACCGGCUAUGGAACGCCUCAGAGAGUACAUACCCUUCGACAAAUCCCGCGCAAACAUGAACGGAGCUGGAAUGAAUCUAGCUGCACAUCCCGACCUAAUCUUGCGUAUCGCCUGUUCCGAUAUGUUCAAACCGUGGCACAAGCACUUUGAUACUUUCAUGGAUGAGUGCAGGAUUACGCAGUUCGCUGCGCUGUGUGGGAUGGCUGUCAAGAAGAAACACACCAUUGUUCAGCCUUGGCCGUACAGGGUUGAGGAUCAAACUACACAAAGAGAUUUCGAUGUUCUGCGCGCGAGUAGUAUAACUGGAUUUGAGCGAUAUGUAGAGUUGCAGAAGCUUGGAAGUACUGCUGAUGAUGCGCGUAUUGCGUUUGCCCACCUGCAAUUGUAG